UUAUAAACUAUUCACAGUUUUCUUACUAGCAGCUGUGCGCGCAAUAUUUAAUUUUCGGCGGCUUGUUUCAAAAAAAAUAAAAAUUUGCCGAAUUGGUGAGCAGCUUUUACAUUUUUAAUUACGAUGAGCGCCAGCGAUGGGAUUUUUAAUAACUUACGGCAAAAACUUGAUGUUUUGGGUUACACACAAACAUUGCCAUUGGCUGGUAUACCGUUGGUUGGAGCGCUCUUCGAAGAUUUGGUCAAAUCCACGGAGAGUCUACGAGAUGCCAAGAAAAAAAUUGUCGACUUGUUAGAGGAAAAGGCAUGUUGGGAGUUGGGAGUUGAACCAUACAAGUGUGACAAUUCACGCCUGUUAGCUGAGUGCAAUCAGCUGCAUCAACAGAGUUUAAAGGAUCGAGAGGAAUAUGAGCAGCGUAACUUCGAAUUAAGUCAGAAAAUCCGUAACCUUGUUACGGAUAAAAUCCACCUAGAGGAGCACUGCCAGCAGCUGCAGCAGCAACUUGCAUCAUUGCUAGCAAAACAGCAAAGCUCAUCACUUGCGCCCAAUAUGAAAAAUGCUAAAGAUAAAGUAAAGAAACCUUUUAUUAGCACAGUGCGUUCUGGCGAACGUAUACCACCACUUAUGGACAAUGCUAGUAAUUUACGAUGCACUAAAUGUAACACACAAACUAUACAUUCGCAUGCACUAAAUGGUGUCGGUAGCGCCCCCAGCGCAGCAUUGAAAAUUGAGUUGGAAAAGUUAGAGAAUAGAGUAAAAGAUUUAACAGAGCAAUUGGAGUUCUAUAAACGAAAGAUUGAAUCGCGUGAUCGCGAAAUACGUCGCUUGAAUGAUCUACUUAUUGGUGGUCGCCCUCCCGCAGCACUUGCAAAGGACUGCUGUUUCAAAGAUGUGCGUGGUUUGUCCGAAGAUAUAGAAUUAUUGCAGCGAGAGAAAUCUCAGAGUUUGAAUAAAGUACGUGAGUACCAGGAACAAAUGCAUGAGGCCAUGGAACGUGCACUUUCGUUGGAGACCCAGAACAAGCAGUUGCAGAGGGAGCUUGAUGAAUUGAAAGAAGCGGCGCUGUCCGUGGAAACACAAGCAAAUACGGAAAUUGCACAGCGUGAAGAAGAGCUGGAAGAGUUGCAAAAAGAGUUGAAGAAACUGCGCUCAAGGCAAGAGAGGGUUGGCGAUAAUAGAACGCAGGUAGGUAGAAGAACCGAUGGCGUUGGAGAUGGCAAUGCAUGUGAGACAAGCGCAGUUGCUACGCUGCAUGCAGACAAACGACGCCUAAAUGAACGCAUCAACGAGCUUACACAGCGCGAUACGGAACUGAAGAGUGAAAAUGAGCGCCUGCAGAAGAAAGUAAUCAAACUCAAAGGAAAAAUACAUGGCAUGCAAAAAGAGCUUCAAGAUAAUGUGCAACAAAAAGAACAACGAAUCGACGAAGAAAAAGUUAGAAUCAAAUCUGAGCGCGACUUUUUCCAAAAAGAAUACUUGCGUCUGAUAAGUAAGGCCGGUUCAGAAAAGGAAAUUGACUUCCUACAAUCUCAAAUAAAAUCUAAGGACGAUGAACUUCGUUUGCUGCGCGCUGAGCUUUGUCUACGCCAACAGGAACGCCUACUGCCGACGGUUGCCACAGCAAAUGCGGCUAAAAUUACCGCUCCAACUGAACGCUGCGACUUCAGACAAGCGCCACUAGCCAGCGCACGUUCCAAUAACUCUACUAAGUCCACAUAUAGUGCCUCAAGUAAUGAUUGUGUACAAGCUGUGGUCUUGCGAGCGGAGCGUGAACGUGAUUGCGCACGCGCUGAAUUGGAACGUGUUCGUUGCGAACGUGAUACGCUACGCGAAAAGCACGUGUCCAUGCUGCAAGCGCAAGCGAUGGAUACUCAAAAGUCCCAAGCACAUCUAAGCGAGCUGAAUGCGCGCAUACGACAGUUAGAACGUGAAAAUCGUGAUUUGAAUUCAGCGCGCGUACCAAGUGAAACACAUAUUGUAUUGCUCAAGGAGGAAAUUGAAGAAUUGAAGCGAAGGCUUUUUGAAUUGCAAGAGGAAAACUCUAAGCUGCGCACCAAUCAAAAUCAGAUGAAAAUUUUGAAUGAGCAAAGAGAACGCACGCUUCAGGAAUGUCAAAGUAAGCUUACCAUAGCAGAGCGGCAGUUGCAAACCGCAGAUACGCGUUUAAAUGAUUUGGAUACAAAUCGUGAGACCACACAUCGUGAAGCUACACAGUUGCGCAAUGAAGUUGCUGCAUUGAAAAAAACUUAUGUGUCGCUUGAGAAUGAGAAAGAUAAAAUAUUGCAACAAUUAGAUGCCAAAACUGAACGUGCGUACCAGUUAGAGUUUGAACUUAAGAUUUGCAAGGAGAAACGAAUUGCUUUGGAAAAGGAAGUUAAAGAUUUAGAGGAUCAGUUAAGCAAAUUAACGUUGAAAACACGUGAACGUACUACCGAACUGCUAGAGACCUCUACUGAAACCAAAAGUUUACGUCAGCAAAUUGCUGCACUGAAAAUCAGUCGAGACGAGGCCAUCGCGGAAAAUGGCCGACUAUCAAACGAACUGGCCGAACGGCAGGCAGAGAUUUUGACACUCAAGAGGAAACUGAAAGAUUCCGACUUUGAAAUCGAACAAUUGAAACAACAACUGCAUCAAUAUGUGGCGGAGGUAAAAAAGGCUGAGGAUUUGCUGUCACGUAAGGAAAAGGAACGCGAGGAAAUGCUGGAACAUUAUCGUAGUCUUUCACAUGACGCCGUCGUAUUGGAGGGCAACAAUCAAAGUCUAGAAGUCGAAGCUGCCGAACAAAAACGCCAAAUUACUGAAUUAGAAGAUGAAAUAAAUGCGCUGAAGAAGGAAAUUUGCUGCCGCAAUAGACAUAUCGAACAAUUAGAGGAUAAGUUAGCUGCAGUAACUGCACAAAAUGCCAAACUUGAACGCCAACUCGAGGAAGCUCUCGAUGAGCAACGCUUACUCAAGGUUGAUUUGGCUGCACGUAAAGAGCUUUGCGACAAGCUGGACAUUGAAAAAGACAAGUUAAAUGCUGAGCUGACAGAGUUAAAUGAGAUAAAGCGCAAACUUGAACGUGACAAUGAAAAAUUGCGCAUGGACAUAGAGAAAACAAGCAGCGGCCAGAAGGUUUCCUCUGAAACGCUUGAGGAGUUGCUCAGUAAAACGCGGCGCGAUCUUGAAGAACAAAUUAAAGUCGAUAGUAAAUUGAGUCUAGAAUUGGUGCGUUUGCGGCAGCAAAAUGAUGAUUUGUUGCGCGAGCUUGACACCGAACGCGAACGUCGCCACCAACAGGAAACACUGACGCACGAAUAUCAAAUACAAAAUCAGGAACUGCGUCACAAUCUCACCGACGAUCGCUUCCGUCAAGCGCGUUCACGUGAUCAGAGUCCUCGAUAUCCUUCGCAGACGCUUUAAGAUUCCUUACAGCAAAGCAGCUAGCUUUGAAAUACAUACAUAGGCAUUUAAAUGCAUUUUGUUCCAGUUUUUUACUUCUAAAUAAUUUUUAUAAAAUGGUC